CAUAUUUGUAACUAAACAGGGGUCCAGGUCGCUGAGCGACGUCUCCAACUGGCACCUCUGGUCCUCGGACCCCGGACGCAAGUCCAGGUUGCCCAGUGGGCAAAUCGACCCCAGUUCCGGUCUCCUGUCAGUGGCAAGCUCGCACCCCAGACCCUCCCCAGGCACGGAAGUGGGUCCCGCCGCCCUGCUGAGCCCUCCUGGGCAGCGGCGGAAUGAACUCCGGCUGCUCCAAGCAGCCCGACUGGACCCUAGGCAGCCUCGUCCGCCUGGGUGGCCUCUCCCUGGGGUCUGUCCUCCUCGCGCCCCCACGCGUCCUUCUUUGUUUAUGAGCUCGCUCUGAAAGUGAUGUAACGAGGACAAGCUCACGCGCUGCUUUCCCUCCUUCCCAGACUAAGUCCUUCCUCCCUCCAACACCAGGCUAUCCGCGCACAGAUGCCGGCGCCGCCGCUCAGCUUCCAGAGCCUGGGGACGGCGACGGGCACUGUUGAGAAAGACACGCUCCCACGUCCCAUCUCCUGGAUGCAGAGUCAGUGGGAAAAGCCAGGCAUUCCUUCCAGAAACAAGGGAAAGAGUCGAGGGGACAGCUGCUGUGGAGGUUUCUAAGGAGACUCAGACCGGCUUCUUUCUCUGCUCCCAGGAGACCGCAGGAAACCUAAGGGAAGAGAGGAAAGCUGAUCCCUGGCCAGCAAGAAGCCCCAACCUGGAUGGAAUGAAAGAUGCGGCCCGAUGACAUUAACCCGAGGACUGGACUGGUGGUGGCCCUGGUCAGUGUCUUCCUGGUCUUUGGAUUCAUGUUCACCGUCUCAGGAAUGAAAGGAGAGACUCUGGGAAAUAUCCCCCUCCUGGCCAUCGGGCCAGCCAUCUGCCUACCAGGCAUCGCGGCCAUUGCCCUGGCCAGGAAAACCGAGGGGUGCACCAAGUGGCCUGAAAAUGAGCUACUAUGGGCCCGAAAGCUGCCCUGCUUCCGGAAACCCAAGGACAAGGAGGUGGUGGAACUGCUGAGGACCCCUUCGGACCUGGAGUCAGGCAAGGGAAGCUCAGAUGAGCUGGCUAAGAAGGCAGGCCUCAGGGGGAAGCCUCCCCCCCAAGGGCAGGCUGAGGUGCCGACGGCCAGCUCUAUCACCAUCCCUAGCCCCACGGAAGAAGGAGAAUGCCAGAGCCUGGUCCCCAGCGGGCAUCAGGAGGAGACAUCCAGAUACCUGGACGGCUACUGUCCCUCAGGCAGUUCCCUUGUCUACAGUGCCUUGGAUGCCAAGUGCUCAGCCUGGGACAGGUCUGAGUGCCCCGAGCCUGAGGACAGCAUCUUCUUUGUGCCCCAGGACAGUAUCAUCGUUUGCUCCUACAAGCAGAACAGUCCCUAUGACAGAUACUGUUGUUAUAUCAAUCAGAGCCAAGGCAGGUGGGACCACGAGACGAUAGUCUAAGCAUUGCAUACAAGGGUCGCUGUGUUGACAGAAACAUGACUACACUCAGCUGCCAGCAGAAGGAAACUGCCCUGCUCCAACAGUCUUCACACUGUUAGAAAGUGACCUGGUAUGUGAUGGGUGUGCAAACCUCCAGUGCCUGAGAGCCAUGUAAAUAGGCAUGUUGGGGACACAUUUUAGAGAAGGGUGAUGAAGGUUAAGGAUGCUCGAAGAGGCAGUAGGUAGGCAGUAAUAAUUAUUAAAUUAUUUAAUAAUUUAACUAUGUUGGAUGGUCUGUAAAUAACCCAAAAAGUGCUACUCAGUACCUGCUGAAAGCAAGAGAAAUCUUACGUGGGCUGCAGAUACCAAGCAUGAAAUGACACAUGGGCAGCUCAUAUCGGGACACUGAGCUGCUUUAGGUCUGAAAAAAUUGAGAGAAAAGAACAACUUAAUGCUUCAUCAAAUGAAACAAUUUUUAUCUGUUGAAAGCUUUUAACACUUAGUAUUUGCUGAAAGAAAAAAAAUCAAGAUAGAAUAGCUACAUUCUUUCGUAGAUGGGAUGAUUUUUGGAGAAAGGGGAGUUAAAGACAGUUGAAUUAUGUCAUUAAGUUUUAUGAUAUUAUCCUUUGACAAGAUCAGGAAUUUCAAAUGAAGUAAAAUAAGUGUGACCAGCUAAGUGAAAAACUAACAUUUUUAGAUGGCUAUGUGACUUCUUAAACUCUUCAUUUAAAGUGACUUAUUGGAUCUUUAUCUGAAGUGAUUUCUAACAUUUACUCUCAUUCAUGUAUAAUUUCCUCAUCAGGUGCAAAAUGACUUGAUGUAAUAUUUUCAUAGGUUAGAAUUUGUUUUCAUCAAGUCAAAAUGGAUUUUACAUAUGUAUACAAGUGUCUUUAACAUUUUUGAGAGACAUAUACUGGUAUUUACUAUUUCUAUAUGCCUUUUACAAUCUGAAGACUAUGAAGUCAACACAUUGAACUUUAUGCAGAAUUUAUAUGAAAUGCAGUGGUUAGAUUCCUGGAAAUGUCAUUAUUUGUACAUUUGUUCCAAAUUCCCAAGACUGUAAAUGUAAAGGAAACAAGGGUUAAUCUACUAGAUUUAACUAAAGCCCAGUUUUUAUUAAGUUCACCUGAUCAAUGAACAUUACAUGACAAAGAUCUGUUUUACUUCUUACUUAAUUUUUUUGCUGCUGACGAAAAAAAUCACAAUGGGAUCCUAAAAUGUAUUUCCUAUUUCAUUUGCUCAAUUGUAAUAGAUAAGAGGUCAAUCAUCCAGAAUACUAUUUGCUCCCUAUUGAAGAGAAAUAUUGACUAAUAUAUAAAAAUAGUGGUAUAUUUUAUCUUGAAGAUUAGAAUAAUUUUGCAUCCUUCAAAGAAUGAUGCUUAAUGUUUAAUGAUCAGAUAGCUUCAGUCACUUUUUGCAAAAAGGGGAGUUAAGGACAAAAAUUUGGGGUAUGCCUCUUUUGUGAGUUUCAGGUUCAACUGUAAUUCUUUAAGUGUAUCAAUUAUUCUGUCUUAAGAAUCAUACCCUUAAAAAAAUCACAAUUUUCAAAUCAAGUUCAACAUCAAAAGUAUGUAAUUGCUUUUUAGUAGGGCUUAAAUGUCAGAAAAUGAGAUUUGUGAUCCUAGGCAAAUUUUAUCUUCUUACACUUCAGUUCCUUGAAAAGGGAGGGGUAGGACUGGCUUACACUAGAUUAUCUCUACCAUUUGUUCCCUGUAUGAAUAUUCUAUGGCAUUAUGUCAAAGGCAUUUUAUAUAUUGCGAGGAAAUGAGUUACAGCAAAAUGCAGGCCAAAGUUAUGCAAUUCAUGAUAACAGUUAUGUGACAUGGAUUGAAUUCUUGCUUCUACUAAAAAGAAUUUUGUAGAUGUAUGAAAGCAGAUUUGUUUUAUUACCAAAUAUUAUUUAUUCAGCAAAAUACAUUUCUGGGAACAAAAUGGUGUUUACUAUUUCUGUUAAGAGUAAAAUAUUUUUGAGGAGAAAUUUUUUCAGUAUUGGUAUAGCUUUAAAUAAUCUAAUGCAUACCCUUAAACUAAAUGUAAUUUACUUUGGAUUUGGUGUGGAAGAAAAAUAGUUUCCUAAAAAUCAUAAUGCCUCUUAAUAAUUCUAUUGCAUUUUGAAAGAGGGAAAUCAUAUUUCUAUGAAGGUGAAAAUUAUUGAAUAACUCUUAGGAAUAAAAACUUCCUCAAGUUUGUUUGCAACUGUGGAUAGCUUUAGAGGUAGGAGAUAGCAAGAUAUCAGAGACCCAGAUUUGCUGAGUGCAAAUCUUACACCAGGUCUGAAAAGAGAUGCUUGUGUGGUUUGGGGUUUGGAAAAGUUACUUUCUGAUUUCUUAGAACCAGCUCAAAUUCCUUCAUAGCCUUCUCUCUUUCUCUCUCUCUCUCUCUCUCUCUCUCUCUCUCUCUCUCUCUCUCUCUCUCUCCAAUUUCCAAAUCCAAAGUCAACUACUAGUUUAGAGACAAGGUAUUUUCUCACAUUUUCAAGAUAUUUCAGAAGCAACCCCCUUCAAGUUUCUUCUUUCAUCCAUCUACUUAAGAUAUUUAAGGUAUUUAAGGCAUUUGAGGAAAUUUUCUGCAGUGCUAAAAUAAUGGUUUGCAAAUGUUGAGCUGGGAGGCUUAACUUUGUUUGACUAGGAAGAAUAAAACAUGUGAUGGUGUGUAGGAAAUCGUCUGAACAUCUUACAUAAAGCAACCCCCUCCUAAUAUGGAGCAAGCUAGCCUAGCGCCCCAAAUCAACACUUGUGAAGUACCACUCAGAAUUCCAUUCACUCAGAAUAAAAUAGUCGCCCUUUUGAACAGAAGAAAGAGAGCAAACUGAGCCUAUUAGAGGCGAAUAGAGCAGUUGAUUCCAAUCAACAGUUUUAGCAAAUGGUUAAUAGUAACAUAAUAGAUAGGAUGUUUGCUCCUGUCUAUCCGUCAAGAGUUAUCCUUCAAGAUCUUUCAGAUAGACAUAAGUUUAAGUAGCCAUUACUUGUUUUUUAUUUGCUGUUAAUCCAGUCAAUUCAACUUGAUUUUAAAUAGGCAUUUGAUUUUUGAAAUUUUCUCUGUUGAAUUUCUCUUGUUCGAUAUUCCUGUUUAUUAUGCACAUGUUGUUUUUUUUUCCUAAACUGUCUCUUGAUUCCAAAGUGUGAAUUCUGCCAAGAUACCCAAGCUGGAGCAUAUUUAGAUAACUGUUUCAAUACUUAGUUUCUAUUACAAUUAUCAUGGUAAACAGAAUCCAGACAUAGUUAAAUUCAGGCUCUCUUUCAAACCCUACUAACCAACUCCUUUGAAAAUGCUCUCAAUACAAUGGAUCUUAAUAUCCACUGAGCUGGCAAGAGUAGAAAAGAAAGAUUUCUUUUAAAUGUGUUUCGCUUUGUAAUAUCCAAUUUCUAUUUGUUUGUUACUAUCUCCCUUCUGUACCUACAGCAUCAUUUAUUUGGUGAAUUCACUGUUACUCUUCUAUUCUAACACUAAAGAAAAUAUUUUUGAAAAUCCACAGUCCACUAUUCUAACAGAACUACUGUAUUUCCAUUUCAGGAUAUUAUCUUCCAGGCUUCCUCCACCUUAUAUAUUAUAAUCACGUGUUUUUCUUUUCUCUUGUAAUUAUUUCCUAGUAUGUUUUCAUGUUUUUAUGUAGUAUUCUUAAUUAUCAUUUAACAAUUAUGUAAUAUGCUAUUUUAGUGAUGUACCAUAAUUAUCAUACCAUACCUUAUUAUUAGCCAGGUAUUGUGUUUUAUGAAUGGUUUCGUGUUUUUUCUUUUUUCUAUUUUUGGUAACAUGGCUACAACAUUUGUCAUUUGCCCAUAGAAGUGGAAAUUUACAACUGAAAAUCUGUCUCUUUAUAGAUGAGAGUUAGGGGGCAGAAAUGGAUCAAAUACUCAAUAUUGUUGGUUUUCUCUUUACUCAUGCAAGACGUAGGGUAAGAGACAAAAUAAUGCUUCUUUGAAAAAGUCCCCCAUUGGGACCAGAGACAGUAUUUUUAAGAGUAAGAUGAGACAUUUCCCCAGUAAAAUGCCACUAGUGUGUAUCUCAAAAUCAGAUUACAGUGGUGUCAAUCUUCAAGAGCAUAAUGAAAAACAAGCAAAUGAAAAACAGUAGAUAAUAAUAAUUACUUUGUACUAUUUCAAAAGCAUUUUCUUAAAAUAUCCCAUCAUACAUUUUAUAAUAUAUUUAAUAUGUAUGUAUAUUGUUAUCUGUUAGUGACUUACCUAUGAACUGGAAUUUCAGGAAUUCAGUAGAUUCUACCCAUGAGCUUUGUAUAUGUUUCAGUUCCUCACUGGAAAAAUUAAACUGACGAUAGAGCUGUGGAAACAUGCUUGGCUCAACCAAAUAUCUCAA